AAUCCCGGGACGACAGCCCGCCAUAGAGACGGCCGCGGAGGCAGCUAGAGAUGCCCGCCGGCAAGUCACAGGCGCCUGCCUAUCCCGGCUCGGUGCUCCUAGCUCGGUGCUGCCGCCAUCUUCCUGGAGGAAAGGGUAGAGGCAAAGGGCUCCCUCCCCUUCAUUGCUCCGCACUCAUGCUGCCACCUGCCCGACCCCGGUCGUCUCUCGUUCUCAGUGGACACUUCAUUCCUUCCUAAUAAAUACCCUUUCCCCAACUCUAGUUUCCCACAAAGUGGAGAGUCUCUUUACCUGCUCCUCUUUUAUUAGCGUGAGGAAUCCAAGCUCAUAAGAUAGACAGAAAAAUCAAGAAAGAUGUCUAAGCAACAACCAACUCAGUUUAUAAAUCCAGAAACUCCUGGCUAUGUUGGAUUUGCAAAUCUUCCCAAUCAAGUUCACCGAAAAUCAGUGAAGAAGGGGUUUGAGUUCACUCUGAUGGUGGUUGGUGAAUCAGGUCUAGGAAAGUCAACUCUCAUAAACAGCUUAUUCCUGACUGAUCUCUACCCAGAAAGAAUUAUACCUGGAGCUGCAGAGAAAAUCGAAAGAACUGUGCAGAUAGAGGCUUCAACUGUUGAGAUUGAAGAGCGGGGUGUGAAGCUGCGGCUCACAGUAGUGGACACACCUGGCUAUGGGGAUGCCAUCAAUUGCAGGGAUUGUUUCAAAACAAUUAUCUCCUACAUUGAUGAGCAGUUUGAACGCUACCUACAUGAUGAGAGUGGACUGAACAGGCGACACAUCAUUGACAACAGGGUACAUUGUUGCUUCUACUUCAUUUCACCUUUUGGACAUGGACUGAAACCCUUAGAUGUUGCGUUUAUGAAAGCGAUACACAAUAAGGUGAAUAUCGUGCCUGUCAUUGCGAAAGCUGACACUCUCACUCUGAAGGAGCGCGAGCGGCUAAAGAAAAGGAUUUUGGAUGAAAUUGAAGAGCAUAGCAUUAAAAUCUAUCACUUACCUGAUGCAGAGUCAGAUGAAGAUGAAGACUUUAAGGAACAGACUAGACUCCUCAAGGCCAGUAUCCCAUUCUCUGUGGUUGGCUCCAACCAGUUGAUUGAAGCCAAAGGCAAGAAGGUUAGAGGCCGUCUCUACCCAUGGGGCGUUGUAGAGGUGGAGAACCCAGAACACAAUGACUUUCUGAAGCUGAGAACGAUGCUCAUCACCCACAUGCAAGACCUACAGGAAGUGACCCAAGACCUUCACUAUGAAAACUUCCGUUCUGAGAGGCUGAAGAGAGGCGGCAGGAAAGUAGAGAAUGAGGACAUGAAUAAAGACCAGAUCUUGCUUGAAAAGGAGGCUGAGCUCCGCCGCAUGCAAGAGAUGAUUGCAAGGAUGCAAGCGCAGAUGCAGAUGCAGAUGCAGGGUGGUGACAGUGACAGCGGAACUCUCGGGCACCAUGUGUGAGGUGGAGUUUUCAUAUUGGAAACACUUUGGAUAAGAAAGUCUUCCUGAUAAGUGCUACAGCAUCAAGUUUCUUAGCCCUGUGGAAGGGUGCCCAUCCACAUUGAAGUACCUGUGUCUGAGGAUUUCAGUUUUGAGGGGUUUUUUGUUUGUUUGUUUAUUUUGUUUUUUUUUUUUUCUUAACAUUUGAUGGGUUUGAUUUUUAGUUUUAUUUUUUCUUUUUCUUCUUUCUCUCCCCCUGCCCCCAACUCCCUUUAGUAUGAAGUACUUUAACAUUUAUAUUUCAUUGCUAUGUUACAUUUUAUAUUUUGUGAGGAAAACUGAUAUUUUAUUCCUCCUGAACCACUAAUGUUAGAAUUUAUUUCUAAGAAUCAGUCAACAUGUAUACUCUUAAUAGUGAAUUUCUUUGAUAUAGCUGGCCUGACUAAUCACUGACAAGUACUCUUGAUUUCUAUCUAGACAUUUUUGUUUGCUCAGAAUGUUCCUGUGUGGUGUACAUGAUGUACCUGUGACAGAAGUGGUUGUGAAUACUUGGUGGCAAGAUAUUUGCUUAUUAGAAUGAAGUCACACUGUUAACUUUAUAUUUGUACAGAACAUCUAAAACCAAUUUUGCUGCUGUAGUUCAUUCGGUUAAUUCAUCUGCACAAUUAUCUGUUAACCAGGUAGAACAGAAGAGAGUUAUCUAAUGAGAUACAUGUUUAUACUUAAAUAGCUUUUAAAAAGCAGGAUUUCAGGGUUGAAUUUUAAGAACUCUGAAUUCUAGUGCCAGAUCAUUUUCAAACCUCUGUAGAGAAAACUCACUACAAGGACUUUAUACUGUGGAUGCUGAUGACGCUGUGCUGCGGGAAGAACCAAGGCAGCCGUGAGCUCCAGCUUCAUAUUGUAACAAGACUCUUUAUAAGGAAGAGUCAGAAAACUUUUUACUCAACUAAAAAGGCAAUACUUUUUUAAAGAAACCAAAAUUUUUAUAUUUUAUACUGCACUUUAAUGUACUUUCUAUAACUAGGUGCAAAAGGUCUGCCGAGGCAGUGCAAAUCAUAGCCCUUGGCUGGCAUGGAUCCAAACCCAGGCUUGUGAUUGGGUGGUGCUCUUGCACAAAAAGCCACUUGAAGCCCAAAUGCCUGCCAGGUUUUCCUCUAACUCUUCCCCUUUUCAGUGAUUCUUCUGUUGAAAGGAAGAUAGCAGUGCUGGUUCUGUAUGUGCAGACUGUCUCAUCUAUUUUCACGCACUGCCAUUUUCUUUAGUUUGUGUAGUAUAAAUGUCUUCAUGACAGGAAUGAAAGGCUUUUUAGAUCUGUGCCCCAAGCAGUCGAGGAGAGUCAUGCCUGGUUUAUAUUCUGGCACUUCCUACUUCUACCACGUCUUCUAAUGUCAGUCAGUGGCCUUAGAACAGAAGGGGCAGGUGAAGGAGGCAGUGGUGUGGAGAAGCAAAGCCGGUGCUAGCUGUGUGCUUUCAUUUGCUGCAGGAGGAAGGGAAGGCCUUGAUUGAUGAUGAGGCAGGAAUUUACAUUUAAUUCAGGUCAAAAAUCAAUAGUACUAAUAAGAUGAAGCUUAAAAAUGGUUAUUUAUAGAUUACAAGGAAAAAUACAUUUGCUCACUUUGCCCCUUCACAUUGCAUCAGUGUGAGUGGUCAGGGAAGUUCAUUGUAUGAAGUUCCUACCAAGAAAAGUGUCAAUGACUUUAGAGUGUACCCAUGCAGUCCUUUGUAUGACUUAUUUUGACAUUAAUUUUGUUGGAGAAAGAUUUAAAAACAAAGACAAAUAAGGAAUUCCCAAACAUUCAGUGUGAGUUAAGGGCGCCAUUUAGGGCCAGCUGACAUCUCAGGAUGGCAGUGUGUAUUAUGAGGUCUUGCAGCCACAAUUCUAAUCCCCUUCAAUUUUACUGCUUUUGCUAACAAAUACUUGCUCUUCCACUAAGAAGUAACUUGUACUUGUAGAAAUGUAUUUUGAAAACAUUUCCCACUUCAACUUUGUAUCCAUUUAAAUUAACCCUUUUUCAAUAAAGCACUAUUGUUUAGAUAUUAAA